GUACUGGUUUAGUGAUAAACCUGGGUAACUCAGUAAAUUAUAUGACGCACAAAUAGUUUCAGAUUACAAUCAGAGAAUGUCUAAUAAGGGCUACAAUGAACAGUGAAUGCUGAUUAUUUCUGUAAACUGCUUCAGUAGAGGGCAGGGCAGCAUUGCACCACGCACUCAUGAAGAGCGGAGCCGUACACUUUUGAACGCUGUUUGAGUGUCUGGUGCACGUGCCUCUGAGGGAAUCUAAAGGGUUGAUUACAGUUUGUUUUACUUCGAUAACGUUACCUAAACCAGUCCGGAUAAGUGUUCGUCAUUUCACCAUCUGAUUCACUCGCUCUCCCUCUCAAGAAAACCCAGGUCGCUGAAUUUUUACUUGGACUUUUGCGCUGACGUUGCUGUUCCGGGUUAAAACUAGACGUCGUUGUAUGUUGAGCGGUGGUUGGAAAUUCAUGCGAUAAUAUCAAGUGACUACUGAGGACUCCUUACUUGACAUCAUUUCUGGAGGAAAGCCUCAAGCUACUUCAGUCGAAAGCGGUCACGAGUUAAGUCAUAUUGAGCGGAUUUUCAACUGGGGGCGCCACCUUGGAGCAGGUGUGACCUCAGCAUGUGGGAGGAGCAGCAGCGUGGGAUCCGGGUCACGCAGGCCGAGCUUCUCUGCAAGGAUGGCUGCGGUUUCUACGGCAACUCUGCCUGGCAGGGCUACUGCUCUAAGUGCUGGCGGGAGAAGACCCGCAAACCUGAAGUGGACGGAAGACAGGAUCAUGGCUCCCAAAGCAUUUCAGGCUCUCCUAUCACAUUCUCCAAGUUUGAGGAUAAGAAAAGUGCAGAGGCCAGCCGACGGACCAGCACCAUGAAGAGGCUCUUCUGGGGGACUCCGUCUCCUCCCAAACGCCCAGAGGGGUCAGAGGGCCAGCUGGAGGCGCUGCAGGGCUUUGAGACUCUGGAGCCUGGAGAUUUCACCAGCUUCCUGAAGCUGCUGCGGAGCCCCUCUUCCCAGCGUCUACAGUCCAGAUGCUCUGCCUUCCUCAACACGAUGGAGGCCUACCAUGACUUGCACGUGGAGAAACAGUCAGACCUGGUUCAGGAGUUUUAUCAGAACAUCACUCUUCACUUCAGCAGUCUGUCUGAAGCACAGAUAGCUCAUGUGAUGGAGCACAUGGAGAAGCUGAUCAUGACACGACUACAUAAAUGGGUCUUCUGCCAUGACAGCAGUGAUGAUGAGCAGAGAGACCUGGCACUACAGAGAAGGAUAAAGUCGCUGAAUUGGGUAACCCCUCAGAUGCUGCGCGUUCCAUUCCCUGAUGAAGGCCCUGAUGUCAGUGACCCUUACCUGCAUGCCAUUACAGCCAUCAUUGAAAUGGAUGCCAAGCGUGCGCCUCAGGACAAGCUCACCUGUGUCUCCAGAUGCUCCCAGAAUGUCUUCCAGGUGCUGGCCUCGUCCAGCAGCAAGCCAGCAUGCGCAGACGACUUCCUGUCGGCCUUGAUCUAUGUAGUGCUGAGUGCCAACCCGCCGCGGCUGCACUCCAACAUGCAGUACAUCAUCCGCUUCGGCCUGCCUCACAGCAUCAGGAGUGGCGAGACAGGCUACUACUUCACCAAUCUGUCGUGCUCAGUGGCCUUCAUAGAGAAGCUGGAUGCAGCGGCAUUGAACCUGAGCCCAGAGGAAUUCCAGCACUUUAUGCAGGGUCGCCAACAACACGCCCGCAACUACGCUGCCAUACCAGCCGUCUGCAGCGAGGCCCCCCAGCCGCCAGGAGACAACAGCGGGGCCCAGCAACGGGGGCAGGAGGUCCGGGCCCGGCUGGAGGAGCUGAAGGGCCGGCAGGAGCACGUGCAGCAGGGGGCGCUCUCCCUUCAGGAGCAGCUGCAGCGCUGGGUGCGGGACGUCCACCUGCAGCUGGACCGGGUCUGCACGGCGCAGCGGGAUGACCUCACGGCUACCGAAGUGCUCGCUGACGAUGACGCCGAGGAAAAGGACAUCCCAGGCUAUCGAGAGGUGCUGGUAUUUCAGGAGGAGGGGGCAGAUGACGCAUGCAGAAAGGAGACUGACUGUUGAAAUGAGAAGUAGGGGGUGUGUUUAGAGAAAGGGGUGAAAUCUCUCAACCCUAGUUUGGACAGGACAGAUGGAUAUGGCCUGAGACAGAGGUUUGACUUUUUUUUUUCCCCUGUAGGAUGGUCCAGAACAGGUGUCUUGAGAUACUUUACAGACA